UUUAGCCCUUGUGCCAUUGCCAUUGCGGAUGUAUUUUUCAUCUCUCGGAGCUAAAAUGAAAGGAUUUUAUUUAUUUUUAUAGGGGGAACAAAAGAAGGCUUUUACUUUGGCUUUUCUUGCGCUUUUUGGUCUUUUUCUAUCAAGAUUCGAUAGUUUUCACGGCUGACCUCUGAUUUUUGUAGAGAGAAAUUGAUGGUUUGUUUUUCUCUUUUUCUUUAAGGAUGAAUGAAAAGCUGCUAGAGUUAGCCAAAGCAGCCGAAUCUUCCUGUCGAGUUUCUUCUGCGAGUUCUGAUACUUAUUUACCGCAGUACAGCGAGCUCCCUUAUUCACAUUUGGAUGAUUUGGAAAAAGGUUGUUUAUGUUUACAUCCAAAUCUCGUUCCUGAAAACAAGAGCGACGAAUUGUCAAUUGACGCUUCUGCUGCAAAAUGUUUAGACUACUGGGAUGCGUUCUGUGAUAAAGUUAAGAGCGGAUUCUUGUAUAUUUCUAGUCCAGCGGCAUUCGCGAGAAUUCCACCCGCUGCAAAAAAAACGAUAAAUGAAGGACUUCGAGUUUUUUGGUGCUUUUUAUUCCCACUGAUACUUGAUUUUUCAUUUUCAUAUUACGUUCUUAAUUAUUUAAAGAAUAAUAUGCUGAAAGAUACUUCCAAAAAGGCUCAGUACGGUGUAGCAGCUAUUCUUAUCGUCUUGGCCUUUUGGUUCUCUCUAAACUUGGUUUCAGUUUUAUUGGAUUCCUUCUUUUUACUGAUGGAAUUUCUGUCGGGUUGGGUUGCCUAUAUUAUAGGCUAUGAAUUGACAUUUGAAGGAACCGAGUCGACGGAAGGAAAUCAACUCCCACUUCAUGCAAUACCUCCUGAAAAUAUAGACGAGUCAAAUGAUCUAAUAGCCUCAGAGAUGAGGAACCAUCUUCUGAAUGUUUCGAACAGUAUGCAAGACAACAAAAACCGAGUCACCUAGGGAUGUUGAAAGCACCACUAAUUUCAGAAAGUAGUUAAUUCCUUCGGCUCUUUAAUUUUUUAGACACCUUGUCCGUCUUACCUCUCCUCUGUCUCCUAUCGAUAUUAAUUAUUGUUGGAAAAAUGGUGAUUCUGUUCUUGGAAAUUAUUUCCCAUUCCUCCUUUUUUCGCUUUUUUUGUACUAGUUCCUUUCCUCUUUAAUACUUUUGAUUUUCUUAUUUUUCCAUAUCUUUGCAUGGACUACUUAUAUUUUACUUUGCAUAACUGAUGCCCUUAAAUGCAAUGGCGCGCUUGAAAGCUGCUAUGGCUUCGUUUUGAAUUUAAACAAGUGGGUAUUUUGCUGGAAUCGUGCAUGAAUUAUCGUUGUAGCUUUAGGUUGGUUUUCGUCGUUAUUGUGUGAUUUAUUCUUUACCCAAAAACCAAAGCGAUUAUAAUGAGUUGAAAGUGUUAGGAUUUGAUUUUCUUACAUAUUGCGCUUUUCUUUUUUUCACUUUCAGCAGAGUAUAGCUUUUUUUCUAAUCGCGUUUUGCUACUUCUUCAUCGCAUUCCAUUCUUCCUUGUGUUUGUUUUUGAGUAACUUGCUUCGUUUUUUAACUUUAUUUAUUUUGAAAUUUUGAGAUUUCAGUUGUUUUGUUUUGUUUUGUUUUUUUUAUAUAUAUAUAUAUAUUUUGGUAGCUUCGCAGAGAUAUUUCUUGGUGUUUUCGCCUAAGUGUGCAGCAAAUAAUGACACACAUGCAUCUAUUUCAUAGUGUAUACAUCACGUUGAUCAAGUCAAAACUCUAGAUAGAAAUGAAUUUUGACCUGACAUUAAUC